AUGCAACAAGGUGGAGCCAGGGUUUUAAAAAAUGGUUUGCCAUGCGAAACAGCUGUGACAAAAUGGUUCGGAAAAUGCCGAUACCGAUACCGUUUUCACAAUUUUAUAUGUUAUACAUUAUGGUUAUGGUUAAUUCACCCUGAGACAACCGCAAUCAGAGUCGCGACACCGAUACCAACCGAAAUCGCGAAAGCCUUAACGCGACCACAACCAUUUUUUAAAACCAUGUGUGGAGCUAGAAAUGAUAUUAAGGAUGUUAUCUUGGUCAGUAGAGUUAGAAUUGGAGUAGGUCCAUAUUGA